UGCUUGUAUUACAAACUUUUUUUUUUUACAGUUAGAUUUUAUUUAUAGGGAUAAAACAUCGGGUUGUAAAUGUAAACCGAACGUAUUAUCUACAGUCAGUUGAUUACAGUACACGUAGCCACAGCUUCUCCCUGCGCGUGCGUGCUGUGUGUCAUGGUAUUGUGUUUUAUUAGACUACUCUGGCCUUUCGACUACAGCUAAUAAUUUGUCUAUUGUUGUUAAAAAAACAUGGCGGACGAACAAGAAAUAAUGUGCAAACUAGAAAAUAUCUUGGAAAUACGGAACAAGACCCUCCAGAUGCAGAAAAUCAAGUCUCGUCUGAAGAGUGAGUUUGAGUCUUUGGAAUCGGAGGAGAAACAUCUGAAGGAGUACAAGCAGGAGAUGGACCUCCUGCUGCAGGAGAAGAUGGCCCACGUGGAGGAGCUACGACUCAUACACGCUGACAUCAAUGUGAUGGAAAGCACCAUCAAGCAGUCAGAGAAUGACCUCAACAAGCUUCUGGAGACUACGCGGCGGCUGCAUGACGAAUACAAGCCCCUGAAGGAGCAUGUGGACGCCCUGAGGAUGACCCUGGGUCUGCACCGACUGCCCAACCUCAACGAGGAGGAGGAGAAACUCUCACUGGAUUACUAUAAGAAGCAGGGCCAACCUGGUCUCUCUGUCCCUGGUUUCAUUAGUUACUUUGAGAAGCAGAAGGCUGAGUGGCAGAAGGAGCCUCACGAACCUGCCAUCCCAGAGUCCCUUGCAGCGGCGGCGGCUGCAGCCCAACAACUCCAGGUCUCUAGGAAACAAGACGCCCGCCAGACGGCCACCUUCAGACAACAGCCACCCCCCAUGAAGGCGUGCCUGUCCUGCCAUCAGCAGAUUCACCGCAACGCUCCCAUCUGCCCCCUGUGCAAGGCCAAGAGCCGCUCCCGCAACCCCAAGAAGCCCAAGAGGAAGCCUGAUGAGUAGACACCAGCCCUAGUCGUGGAGGAUGUCCCUGAGUACAACGCACUGUGCUCGGCCUGGUCUCAAUGCUGUAAACAUGCACCCUCUUCCAGCCACUUUCAACUGAGGUAAUCUUAUGAGGUGGUAGUCAAAUAGUCUAACCACAUUAGUAAAAAUUAAAGAAAAAAAACAAAGAUCAAAGUAAGGCUGGAGAGAUUGCAUUUUAUAAGUGUCUGAACAGGCCCUUGUGUAUGUGUUGCGCUUCACCCUGUAUGUUUCGAAUGUGGACUUGGUAUGAGUGAAAUGGUCCUAGGUCCUUAAUGAUCCAUCCACACUGCAGGGCAGCCAAGUCUUGUGUUCAUGUUAUUCCCCUCCUUGUUUUGACCAGUGCUUCAGUGUGUUGAAAUGUCAUUGUCAGAAUCCUAGUAGACUCAUUAGCCAUCCCCAAUAAUGUAAAUGCAAUAAUAGAAACAAGACAAAAAAAAUAAACCUAUGAAAUAAAAUGUUGAAUAUUAAAAUAAUAUUGCUGUUGUUUUACCUGCCUUAGAAAGUUGCCUUGUACUGUAUUUUUCUUUGUAUUUAAUUUGCAAUGCAUGCAAAUAUUUUCCAUGGUUGAAACAUGAAGACUGUUUUGCGAUAAUAUAAAAGGUGGGUUUAUGCUCAAAUCCACAACUUUGUUUGUGUGUACUGGGAACAUGACAAAUGACCAACUAAAGAAGAAAUUAGGCGUGUUUGGUUUUAAUAGUGUUGUAUGUGAAUCUUUAAUACAAAAAUAAAUAACUGUUUUUUUUAC